UGAGCUUUCGUUCUUUAAAGCUAUCUUCUAUAGUUGUUCUAUAUCUCUCUACUCUCUCAAGCUGAAGCAAAUCCAACUUGUGAACUUGUCAUCCCGUUAUUUCUGGGCCUUUACUUCUAUUUAUUUUUAUCUUUUUCCGGUGAGAUUUGGCCGGACAAUGGCAUAUAUGUGUGCAGAUAGUGGCAAUCUAAUGGCUGUUGCCCAACAAGUGAUCAAGCAGAAGCAACAGCAAGAACAACAACAGCAACAACAACAUAACCAGCAGCAACAGCAACUUUUAGGUCUCAAUCCUUUCUCUUUAAACCCUUGGACCACUAACCCUAUGUCCAGCUCUACAAAUUUGGGUUAUGGUCUCGCCGGCCCGGCCUUCCCUGACCCUUUGGAUACUGGAGAAACCGCGUUCCCGUUUCCUCAAAUCGAUCACCAUUCCAGUGGGUUUAGAUUCUCUGAUUUUGGCGGUGGGCCUGGUGCUGAGUUUGACUCCGAUGAAUGGAUGGAGACUUUAAUGGACGGUGGACACUCAACGGAUAGUUCUAAUCUUCCAUCUGCCUGUGACGCGUGGCAAAACAAUGCUGAUUUUGGUCUUUAUCCAACCGAUCCCUUUGCCAGCUGCCCGAGUCGACUCAGCGUUGCUUGUUCUUCGCCGUCCGAUCUCAACCAAGUUAUCUUCACGGAACCUCAAAAGAACGUUAUCCCUGCUGUAUGGGCACCAACACCGCCAACCAUUACACUAACUCCACCACCUUCAUCUCCCCCACAUUCCGUGUCGGCGGCCAAAGAAACCAAGCCACCAAGUCCUCCUGUACAGUCAAGUGUACUCAAAAACCAAGCAGAAGGUGCGUCGGCCUCCACUAGCUCACCGGAAAAUGACAUAGCACAACCAAUUAUAAGGGCUUUAUUGGACUGCGCUCGACUGUCGGAGUCUGAACCGGACCGAGCUAUUAAACUGCUGAUUAAGCUCAGAGAGUCAGUAUCUGAACGCGGAGAUCCAAUAGAAAGAAUGGCGUUUUACUUCACUGAAGCUCUCUACAACAAAGUGUCUCUCCAAGCACAGAAAACAGUAUCCACCCUGGAGACAAACUGUGGGGAUUUUAUUCUCUCUUACAAGGCCUUAAACGAUGCCUGUCCCUAUUCAAAGUUUGCACAUUUAACGGCUAAUCAAGCAAUACUUGAAGCUACUGCUAAAGCAAACAAGAUUCACAUAGUUGAUUUUGGAAUUGUUCACGGAGUUCAAUGGGCAUCUCUGUUGCAAGCUCUCGCGUCUCGCCCAAAAGCAAACGCUCUCAAAAUUCGGAUCUCGGGUAUACCUGCUCCGGCUCUUGGUAAGUCACCUGCUGCCUCUCUCAUUGCUACGGGUAAUCGUCUCCGUGAGUUUGCUAAAGUUCUGAAAUUAAAAUUCGAGUUCGAGCCGAUUCUAACACCAAUUGAACAACUCAAUGCUUCAUGCUUCAAAAUUGAGCCGGAUGAGGUGUUGGCUGUGAACUUCAUGCUUCAGUUGUACAAUCUAUUAGAUGAUAACCCAGUUGCUGUAGAGACAGCUCUGAGAAUGGCCAAAUCGUUAAAUCCCAAAGUGGUGACUCUGAGUGAGUAUGAAUCAAGUUUGAACCGAGUAGGGUUUGUAACUCGUGUGAAGAACGCUUUGAAGUAUUACUCAGCUGUGUUUGAGUCUCUAGAGCCAAACAUGACCCGAGAUUCGGUAGAGAGACUACAACUAGAGAGACUAAUACUUGGUCGGAAAAUUGCCGGUUUGAUUGGAGCUGAAGGAGUGGGAAGCAGAAGAGAACGAGUGGAGAAUAAGGAACAAUGGAGGGUUCUGAUGGAGAGUGCCGGUUUCGAGCCGGUUCCCUUCAGCCAUUAUGCAAUUAGUCAGGCCGAGAUACUGUUAUGGCAUUAUAAUUACAGUAAUUUGUACUCAUUAAUUCAGUCUCAACCUAAGUUUCUAUCUCUGGCAUGGAACAAGGUGCCUCUUCUCACUGUUUCAUCGUGGCGUUGAUUGAUGGUCGGUGGGUUUUUCUGACUCAAUGUCGUUGUAGUUUUCACCAGAUAUGGUGUUAUAUUGAUCUGAAAUGGGUUCCCAGUUUCAUUAUUUAGUGAUGUAACAGGUUGUUAAUAUUAAUGGCAACCAAGGAAUUUCAAAAUCACUGCAUUAGAAUUAUUAACCUUGUUGUCUACUUUAUGGACUUGUUUUAGUUUUAUUGAGUUUCUAGCUGUAUUUUGUUGGGCUUAGAGGCGCCUAAAAGUAUGACAAAUUGUAAAAAGGUGAAUUCAAAAUCUACGUGGUUUGUGCUUUAAGCUGUUAAA